UUGCGCGCGAAAAGGCGAUCGACCUUGCCCGCUCCGUGCGCUCUCGCUCUCUCGGCCGUGCUCGGCGUGUCUGGUGGCGCGCUCCGCCGCAACGCCCAGAGGAGCGGCGGCGUGCGUCUCCGGCGGCACCGGUUGUUGAGUCAGCCUCUCCUCGCAGGAGCGCGCGAGGCGCUCGCCGGCGGCUGCUGCUGCCUCGUUCGCCGGAUCGGCCUCCUCCGGCUGGACCCUAGCCAGUCAGUCGCACGCCGUGCUUGUGUGUGGGCAGCCGAUGCUGCCACGGACCGCUCGCAGCAUGGAUACGCUUGCUCGUGUCGCCGCUCUUGUGCUUCUGAUCACCGCUUGCAUCGCACCCGUACCAGCUCAGGAUGUCAAGCCCCGAGUGAGGCUCAGCGACCUGGUUUCUGAGGAAUACGACGUGAUGCAGCCACCCAUCGAAGGAGGGCGACCCGUCCUGGUGAACGUGUCGGUGUCGGUGCUCAACAUCCGUUCGGUGGACGAAGGACGCCAGUUCGUCGAGGUGGACGUUUUCCUUCACGAGCACUGGUACGACUGGCGACUCGACGGCCGUGUCAAAGACAAGGUCAUCGUCGACCCUCGCUGGUACCCAGAACUGUGGACGCCCGAGGUCUACUUCAAGAACUCGGCCGACGGUCGGCUGGACAAAGUGAUCUUCCCGUACGCCUACGUCACGCUCGAGCCGUCGGGCCAAUUUUUCCUGGCUGCCCGCGUCUCCCUCAAGCUGGCCUGCAACAUGGACCUGAGCAGGUUCCCGCACGACAACCAGUUCUGCGACCUGCAACUGAGCAGCCUCGUCCACCCUAGGGAGCAGGUGAUACUUCACUGGAAAUCCUUCCGCAUCACCAAGAACCUCUCUUUGUCCCAGUUCAAGACUAUCUACGUCGGGCACGGCGAUUGCACAAAGUCCUUCGACGUCGGCACGUUCAGCUGCCUCUACGGCCGCGUCGAGCUGCGUCGUCGCGCCGGCUACUACCUCAUCAACAAGUACGCGCCCAGCACCGUCAUUGUGUUCAUGUCGUUCGCCGCCUUCUGGAUGCCCUGCGAGGCGCUGCCGGCUCGCGUCACGCUCAGCGUCACCUCGCUGCUCAGCUUGGUGACCGCUCAGUACAACGCGCACAUGCCGAGCGUGUCGUACGUGGUGGCCAUGAACGUGUGGAUGAUCAUAAGCAUUCUGUUCGUGUUCCUGGGCCUCGUCGAGACGGCGCUCAUCGUCACCUGCACGGCGAAGGAGAAGAAGGGCGUCGGCCGCUGGCCGAAGCCCAUACUCGUCGACUGGGUCGCCAGGAUUGUGUUCCCCGCGGCGUUCUUCGUGCACUCGCUCAUCUACUGGGGUGUCUAUGGCCGGGACUGAUCGCCUACGCUAAAGAGAACGCUAAAAAUGAGCCACGAGGAACUUUGGAGCUGCGAUGGAGAAUGCAAGAAGACAGAGUACUUGUAACAAGUAUGCAUUCCGUCGUCAGAACUCUGCAGCUUUCAUCGUGGAGGUGCUCUUGUAAGUGAGGGCUUAUGGCGUGAACUUAGUCGCCUAAACUAUGCGCGGGACAGACGGUUCGAGUUGAAUCUAGGGGAACGCCGGACAUAUGCGGAAAGCGUAGGAGAGUGGGGUGCUUCUUGGCCCGCGAGGACUCGCAAGUUCACGAGUAUUAAUUUUUCCAGUGUUUCUCGUGCUGGCGUUCACACAGUGUGGCGCCAGCUAUGUGGUCUUGUGAGCUUAUUCGUUUAACUGAGCCCUGAACCGAGGGCAAUUAUUUAUUUCGAGGAAUAGCGAGCAUGUCGAGGCAGAUGUUAUGAAAGAAGGUGUAGCACUCGAAACAUGGCGAGAUAUAUUUUCUUGCUAGCACGUACUGUGCCGCCUGCAUAGCAUCAACUGGUAUGCACCUAAUCUGGUGCCUCUAGAGGUACCUCUAUUUGUGCCUGAGGAAACAGCGGAGGUUUCGGUAAAGUGCGGGGCAGUUCAGGGCGCUUGAGGUUUACGCACCUACAAUAAGCCUUGAAGAAAACAUAAAGGAAAAGUCAACAAAAGGUUGCGCGAUAGCUGUGCUAGCACGCCGUGGCAAGUGUCCGAUCUCCGCUGCGCGAAAGAAUCAUUCCGCCUUUGCUGGAGGUUUGCCAUGGUUCGCGUACUGCCUUGCGACGCUGAGAUGUGACAAUUGAAUCCAAUUGAUAAACAAUUUCCACGGCGUACUUGCGUCUUAGGUAGAAUACGUGGCCAAGCAGCCAUGUCAUGUGAUGGUGCUGUGAACUUGCCCUAUUUCCGGAUUAUGAAAAACGUUUUAAAACAAACGUUAGCCAUUUGCGGCUCCUGCGUAUUUGACUGGCUCGACUGCACGUGCGCACACUGACUUGGCGGCUUGUCACCCCAGUGUUUUCAAUUGACGUCUUAGCGCCUAAGUAAUCCAGAGCCAUAAAAAAUAGGGCUUGAUUCGCUACGCUGAUGCCUCGUACCUUUCAUACAAAAGGUGGCAAGGAGUAAUGAAAUACGAGGAAUAUUCACAAUAUCCACGCUGAAACAGAUAGGCCUCUUGCCUCAGCGCUAUUUUUACGAUGAGUGUGAGUUCGUCCUUUCUUUAAAACGAAGUAAAUGAAUGGUUUUACCGUACUUCAAGUAGUGUUCAAGUUUGGCAGAGUACUGCUUAGUACUACUAAGUUGAAGCAUGCCCAUACACUCAUGUCUGUCUGUGCACUCCCUAUUGAGCAGAGGUAUUCGCCAGUGAACUGCGACAACAUUGUUUGUAUAUAUUCUGUCCUUGUAUUUCAGGCGUUGUGUAAAAAAUGAUUGCUUGCGUUACGAACCUAUAGUAGAACAAGGGUUUGGGGGGGGGAGGUGGCUCUUAUGGUUUCGUUCUUGUAAAACAAGGUUACAUUGUGAUACUGCGAAAUACUCCAUCUUGCCUUGCGUACAAAGCCAUCAUUGCAUUGUUUUCCGCAGCUCACAGGUGUUCAGCUGACUUUUUUCUAAUAAUCGAGAUGGAGGACUGUGUAAAUACUCGCGCCGAAGAAAUCAGAAUAAAUCGUCAUAACCCAAGGACCCUUGUUAAAGAGUACUCAUACUAUUAGUGGGCAUACAGCCGUUGGCAUCAUCCAUGGCUGAUGUCGAGUCACUAAAUGCUUCACAAGGACGAAGAGGUAACAGGCAAAGACAGCUCGUCGUCUGCUAGUCUUGCGUCAUUAAAUUUCUCUACAUUUUGCAAUGUUUUAAAUUCUAGAGGAAGAGACUCAUUGCAGCUUGACCCGAGAUCAUGACUUCGGUAGCUUCUUGGCCCAUCUAACGUGUUGGGCGUUAGAAGGCGGCUUUUGUUAUUGUUGAUGCCGGCUUUCUGCGUACACAUACUGUGCUGCCGAUUAUCGCUUUCACAACUCUGUACAUACUUCUGGCGGCUAUGACUUUUGCGUCACAGGCUCUACCGUCUCAACAACAGCCGUUAUAGUUAGAGCGGUUUGCGGCUCUUGCCGUUAUAACGCAAGUCACCGCGCUGCUGCGCCCAUGCAGCACAUUGUGCGCUGCCAUGACUCUGUGAAAUUUGCUCAUGCAUUCACUUCGCGCAAACUUUGGACGUCUUUUUGACCACUUACUUCUACAAAUCAAUUUUACUAUUUCACAAUAGCAUACUUAAAGACCUCGGCGCUAGAAGGUGAAUUGUGAAGACACAUGACUGCGGCUAAGCUCAACAUGACCUGAACAUGCCGAUCAUGACUGGCAUGAUUGCGGCGUAGUUACAACGUAAGGAAACGCGAAUGAAAGCACAAACAAGAAAGCAAGCAAACAAACUUACCUUUAAUUAUUUGAAAAUGUAGACAGGCGCUAAAUGUCUUCUAUGAGCUCGGAACCAAGCACUUUAGUAGAACUCACACCAGUGCUGUAAGUAGUGAUGAAUAUGGAAAGAAAACAAAAUUCGUGUUCUUGUUUGUUUUCUUCCGUUCGCGUUUCAUUCUGCCGUGAUAGCUCACCGUUUACGGUGUAAAGGGAUCACACUACAAAUAAAAAGUUAGGCGAUAUCAGUCGUCUACAGAAAAAGCGAGACUAAUGUUACUCGUUACGUUUUUUAUUAAAGUAUAUACGUGUGUUAUGCCAUCGCGUUGCGAUUCUCUGAACAUUUAAGGCAUUUACUUUUUUGUUUCUCAACAAAGCGCCGCGGGUUUCCUUUCGAGGCUUGAAAACCAUUAUGCACUUACUCUGCUCCGCAAAUGCUUUUUUUGUCAAUUGGCGCUGUAAAUGUUUGCUCUGAGGCCUCACUACAGCCUUAUUUAUUUGUCUAUUUGUACCUGUUUUGUUUGCGUUUGCAUCGCAGAUUGCGUCCGCCUCUAGUUGCAGCCUUGACAUAUUGCUUUUGUCACCGCCGUAUUGUCAUUGCGGGUUCUCAUUAUGCUUGAUCACUCUCUCAGUGUAGAACAUUCUUUGAUUUUUCUUGCUUCUCCUUUUGUAAGGGCGCAUUCUUGUGGGUGAUUAGCCCGAAGCGCUCCAUGCGUGUGCUUUUGUGUGUCGGUAUCUAUGCGCGUGUGUACUGUGUGUGUGUGCUUGUGUGCAUUGACGGACUGUGCGGUUUGAGAUGCCUUGCGAGCGAGUCUUGACAAAUCAGUCUGUUCAACCGGUCAGUGAGCCCCCUGCGUGAUAUAUUUAGACCGACCCACUGCCAAGUCACAAGCUAGGUGUCGUCGGUUCAUGAGCCCCGGCGGCUCACGGUGGCGGCCGCGUUUCCUUUUGUGAGGGAUGACUGUGAACUGUGGGUGUAUUUGCUUUUCUUUACUUUGGUGCUUUGCCAAAAUGCUCUGGAAAUAAAGUGCCCUUCUACCUGCCGAGGA